GAACACUGGUCUGAGAGAAAACGAUGAUUAUGGAGUAUGGUGUUUUCCCCUUCGGUUUUGAUCCUACAUGUUGCUUCUACAACACACUGCUUGACCAGCAAAGCCGGCUAUGCAGCUACAUCAAGAAACUCCAAAAGAUAUUACAGAGACUCAGUAAACUGAACAGAUGUUCUCUCAUUGCAUAUCUAACGGGAAAUUCUUUAAGUGCUGCCGGAGCAAUUAUGGCCAUAGUGGGGCUGUCCUUGAGCCCUGCAACUCUAGGAGCCUCCCUCUUGGCUUCUGGGGUGGGUUUAGGAGUGGCGGCUGCAGGAGGGGCUGUUUCCAUGACUUCAGACCUUUCUUUAGUGCUCUGUAACUCCAAGGAGGUGAAAAGAAUAAAAAAAAUUGCCCUGGCUUGUCACAAUCAGAUGAAGGAAACAAUGAAUUGCUUGGAGUUCCUGCACCGCAGUUGGAAUCCCACUGAUCCUUUCUUAUUGCAGACUGAGAAAAGUGCUUCUAUUGCCCUUUAUAAUUCUGCCUGCUUCCUGGUGUUCUGUGGUCCUCAGGGCUUUCUGGUGCCUGAGCACAAAGAAGAGAUGACAAAAGUGAGCUAUACUCUACUCAGGGCAAAAAUCCAGAAACUGGCAGAAAACCUAGAAGCCUGUGCAAGGCACAUGGAUGAAAUCUGCAAGCUUUUAGAAAGAAGGAAAACAUGUUCUUGGAGGACAAAAGGAUUAGAAUGUUGACAUAGGAUCAAUGGUCAGAAUGACUCUGCAGUAACACAAGUCUUCUUGAAAAAAAAAUGAAACAUGGGCAUAAAAGUGCUAAAUACCAGUACUGUGAUUUAAAAUUAGUAUUUUAUGUACUCAGGAAUUUUCUCUACACAUUUCCUAGGAUCUGCAAUUCUCUGCACCCUUCUAUUUUGUUUCAUUUUUUGAUGAUUAACAUAACAUACAGAAACCAUGGUUCUAUCAGUUGUAGUCUAUACUUUCAGCACAUUUCAAGGGAAGU